AUGUCUACAGAGCGAACUAAAACAUCCCAUACCUCUGAGGAAAGGGGGUGUGGCAGCCAGCAAGUCCUAAGUGGAUCUGAAGCCUCAACUGUGUGCCGUCCUGAGACAGCAUCCUCGGAGAAUAUCAGUUACUCCGCUUGCGAACCUAAGGAUAAAGCUGAGGUCAUACUAAUCGCAGACCUUCGCGAGAAUAACGCAAAUUUCCGUGGAAAUACUGUUGUUGAGUGUCUGACAACAUCACCUUAUCGGGUAAAAGUUAUAGGGAUGUUGUUCUUCUUCAGACAAUGUAAUUUGUACAGGUGGAAAUGCGACCGCUCUCAGUUGGUGAUUACCUUGUGGGUAGCUCGCAAAAUUGAUGGAACUGAAAUAAUUUUGGACUGGAUUGUUGAACGGAAAACGUGGAGUGAUCUCCAUCAAAGCAUCAGAUCGGGACGAUACGAGGAGCAGAAGCAGCGCUUACGUCGUUCUCCUAUGAAGAAUCGUGUUUAUCUGGUGGAAGGAACUCUAACGCCUCAAUACAGUGCUAGUGAGCAGGCUCUCGCAACAACGAUGGUCAUCGAUGGAUUUAUGAUUCAGCGUACCAAAUCACCAUAUGAAAGCGCGCAGUUUUUGCUGCGUCUCACUGAAUACCUUAAAGCGAUGGUUUCAAAGCGUCAGGCAAGUGUUUUCAUUGAACCAGUGAGUGGAAUUACCUUCGAAUGUUUCCAAGGAAUGUCGAAAAAGGCACGUGCUGAGUCAGUGAAAGACACAUGGACUCGGCAAUUGAUGGUAUGCCCUGGAAUGUCAUCUGAUCGAGCACAAAUCGUUGCAAAUCGUUUCCCUUCGAUGAUGUCAAUGAUGGAGUUGUAUUCAUCGUCUCAAAGUGUACAGCCAAAUUCGGUGCUUUCAUCUUCGGUUCCUGGAGUCAGUCAGGCUCUCAGCACUCAAAUGAGCAGGUUCUUCUCGCCGACACUAUAG